AUGGAGGGAAUAGUAUCGUCAAAGCAGCAGCAACCUUUGGUUUUUGCUUACUAUGUUACUGGUCAUGGAUUUGGUCAUGCCACUCGUGUUGUUGAGGUGGUUCGUCAUUUAAUUCUAGAGGGACAUACGGUUCAUGUGGUUACAGCUGCACCAGACUUUGUUUACACUUCUGCAAUACAGUCGCCGAGACUGUUCCUUCGAAAGGAGCUGCUGGAUUGUGGAGCUGUUCAAUGUGAUGCCUUGACAGUUGAUCGUAUUGCCUCCUUGGAAAAGUAUUCUGAGACAGCAGUAAUCCCUCGAGAGACUAUCUUAGCAACAGAAGUGAAGUGGUUGCAGUCUAUUAAAGCUGACCUAGUGGUUUCAGAUGUUGUUCCUGUUGCCUGCCGAGCAGCUGCAGAUGCCGGCAUCCGUUCUGUUUGUUGCACCAACUUCAGUUGGGACUUCAUCUACGCAGAAUAUGUGGUGGAUGCUGGAUCACAACAUCGCUCGAUUGUUCUGCAGAUUGCCGAGGACUAUUCUCACUGUGAAUUUCUAAUACGUCUACCAGGAUAUUGUCCAAUGCCUGCUUUUCGUGAUGUUCUUGAUGUACCCCUUGUUGUGAGGGGACUGCACAAAUCCAGAGCAGAGGUCAGGAAGGAGCUCGGAGUUGAAGAGGAUAUGAAGCUAGUAAUUUUCAAUUUUGGCGGACAGCCUGCUGGGUGGAAGUUACAGGAGGAGUUUCUACCUCCUGGUUGGAAGUGUGUGGUAUGCGGGGGUUCUGACAAGGAAGAAUAUCCCCCGAAUUUCAUCAAGCUUCCGAAAGAUGCUUAUACGCCAGAUGUGAUAGCAGCUUCAGACUGCAUGCUUGGGAAAAUUGGAUAUGGCACAUUUAGUGAAGCUAUGGCAUACAAGUUGCCGUUUGUGUUUGUACGAAGAGAUUACUUUAAUGAAGAGCUGUUUUUGAGAAACAUGCUUGAGCAUUAUCAUGGAGGUGUUGAGAUGAUUAGGAGAGAUUUGCUGACUGGAUGCUGGCAACCCUACCUUGAGCGUGCCAUUAGAUUGAAACCAUGCUAUGAUGGAGGUGUCAAUGGCGGUGAGGUUGCUGCUCGCAUACUUCGGGAUACAGCUCUUGGAAAAAAUCAUGCUUCUGAUAAGCCUUGUGGAGCAAGAAGAUUGCGAGAUGCGAUUGUGCUUGGAUAUCAACUACAAAGAGUUAACAACAGAAUUAUAGGUAUUCCAGAUUGGUACAAUCUUGAAGAAAGCAAGCUUGUAGGUCGUUCAUCAGAAGGCUCCCAAUUCUUGAGAGAGGUAGAAGACUUUGAGAUUCUUCACGGUGACCCUCAAGGUCUUCCCGAUACAAUGGCGUUCUUAAAGAGCUUGGCAGACAUAGGUGCAGGACAUGACUCAAAAAAGGAUACCGACGAUGAAGUGCGGGAGGAUUUGGCUGCUGCUGGAUUGUUCAACUGGGAGGAGGAAAUAUUUGUAGCAAGAGCACCAGGGAGAUUAGAUGUCUUGGGUGGUAUUGCUGACUAUUCAGGAAGUCUAGUUUUGCAGAUGCCUAUCAGAGAAGCUUGUCAUGUUGCUGUACAAAAGAAUCAUCCAAGUAAACAGAAGCUGUGGAAACAUGCACAGGCUAGACAUCAUGCUGAUCACGAGAAACUUGCACCCAUUCUAGAAAUUGUGUCAUUGGGCUCAGAAUUGAAUAAUCGUGGACCAACAUUUGACAUGGAUCUAUCUGAUUUUAAAGAUGGUGAGAAGCCAAUAUCUUAUGAGGCAGCAAGGAAGUAUUUUGCCAAAGAUCCAUCUCAAAAGUGGGCAGCAUAUGUUGCUGGGACAAUUCUGGUACUAAUGACAGAGUUGGGUGUUUGUUUUGAGAACAGUAUCAGCAUACUGGUUUCUUCAGGAGUCCCAGAAGGAAAAGGCGUUUCUUCAUCUGCAGCAUUGGAGGUUGCCACCAUGUCUGCUAUUGCUGCUGCUCAUGGUUUAAACAUUCCCCCGCGAGAUCUUGCUUUGCUUUGCCAAAAGGUGGAGAAUCAUGUUGUUGGAGCCCCAUGUGGGGUGAUGGAUCAAAUGACCUCUGCGUGUGGGGAAGCAAACAAACUUCUAGCGAUGGUAUGCCAGGUAAAUUCAGGAUUAAGACACAGUGUUGGUGGUUCAGAUUAUGGAUCUGUGAGAAUUGGAACUUAUAUGGGCCGAAAGAUAAUAAAGUCUACAGCUGCAGGACUGUCGAAGGGAAACAACAAAGACGACAUGGACAAGGAUGGCAUCGAACUGCUUAAUAAUGAGGCUUCCUUAGAUUACUUAUGCAAUCUCCCACCUCAUAGGUACGAAGGUGUGUAUGUUGAUAAGCUUCCAGAGACUGUUGCAGGUGAAGAAUUCAUAAGGAAAUAUGUUAAUCAUGAGGAUUCAGUCACAACAAUAGAUCCCAAACAUAUUUAUGCAGUUAAAGCACCAACCAGGCAUCCAGUUUAUGAGAACUUCAGAGUCGAGGCUUUCAAAGCAUUAUUAACUGCUGCUACUUCGGAUGGACAACUUUCUGCUCUUGGGGAACUUAUGUAUCAGUGCCAUUACAGCUAUGGUGCGUGUGGACUUGGCUCUGAUGGGACAGACAGACUGGUAGAACUGGUACAAGAAAUGCAGCACAGCAAAGCUUCCAAAUCUGAAAAUGGGACUCUGUAUGGAGCGAAGAUCACCGGAGGGGGAAGCGGUGGCACAGUUUGUGUUAUCGGAAAGAAUUUUGUGGGAAGCAAUGAGCAAAUUCUUGAAAUUCAACGGAGGUACCACGUUGCCACAGGCUUUAAGCCAUACGUGUUUGAGGGUUCUUCUCCAGGGGCAGGAAAGUUCGGAUACCUGAAAAUUCGCCGCCGCAACGCCACCGAAAGAACUUAAUGGUUUCUCCAUAUGUUAAUUGACUAUUGAUAAUGUUUCCAGUUGAUGAUGAAUGUGAAUGGACUAUAUCUAAAAAAUGAUUGUACACAAACUCGAUUUACGCUGUUCAUUUUAUUUUUUUCCUAGUUCCUAGUAAUAAAGAACCGCAGACGCAUCCGAUUUUCUGUAA